CACACACACACACACACACUGGUGUACUCACACUUAUCAAACACACACAUUCAUGCAAAUAUAUCCGCAUAUACUUGCACUCCCAGACGCACACACACACUGCCUCCGUCAGACAGGACCUGUUCGCCUGUUCAGUAUGUGGGAGGGAUCUCUGCUGACUGACCGGCAGGAUGGACGGACAGACAGACAGAUGGAUGGAUAGGAGCACACCUGGAUCACACAUGGACACAAGUGUCAGACAUGAUUGACAGAUCUUCUUUAAUCCUGUCAUGUCCCAGAUGAGAGACUGCAGGGAUGAUUCUCAUUGCUUUCACAGUCUCUGUCCUGUGCCUGUUUCCCCAGGCUGCGCUGGCUCUGUGGGCGUGCGCACGUUCCUGCCCAGCCUCUUGCACGUGCACUCUGGAGAAGAGCUGCAGUGUGUUGUGUGACCGCUCUGGCCUACCCGACCUGCCCCGGGAGUUCCCUUGUGAGGCGUCCUCCAUCAACCUGGACAAGAACAGCCUGAAGUUCCUGUCUGAGAGGGCCUUUGGUACCCUGCCGUCUCUCAGGUCCCUGUCCCUGGACCACAACAACAUCUCCUUCAUCACCCCUGGGGCCUUCAAGGGUCUGCCCAACCUAGUGGAACUGAAGAUGGCCCACAACGAGUACAUCCGUUACCUCCACACCCGCACCUUCACCGGGCUCAAACGCCUGGUCCGACUGGACGUGGCCGACUGUAACCUCUUCAACAUGCCCGACCGGAUCUUUCUAGAAAAUUAUGCUCUGAAGGAACUGUUCUGCUUCCAGAACAACUUUCGAAGGAUUCCCGGAGCGUUCCGCGGGAUGGAGAACCUGACCCACGUCUACUUGGAGCGGAACAAGAUCGAGGCGGUGGCAUAUACCUCUCUCCUAGGCCUGGGGAACCUCAGGUACCUGAACCUCCAGGAGAACCGCAUCAACGUGAUCCACGACCAGUCCUUUCAGGACCUCAUGCGCCUGGAGAACUUCUACCUCAACGACAACCUGCUGUCUGAGCUGCCUCGGGUGGCCUUCAAGGGCCUUAGCCGCCUCAAGAUGCUCAACCUGGGGGGCAACCAGUUCACCAACAUCUCCAAGACCUGGUUCAGCGACCUGGUGGAGCUGGAGGUCCUCUACCUGGACCGCAACCGCCUGGUCUAUAUCGAGGAGGGCUCCUUUGAGAACCUGACCAGUCUGAUCACCCUCCACCUCAACAGCAACAACCUUAGUUCCCUGCCCUUCCCUGUCUUCCAGCCUGUCUACUUCAUCGGACGCCUCUACCUCUUCAGGAACCCCUGGGAAUGUGACUGCUCUCUGGAGUAUCUUAAGGAGUGGAUGGAGAGUUAUAAAUUGGUCCGGGACAUCCCCUGCGCCUCCCCGUCCUCCGUGGUCGGCCUGGAUCUGAGCGAGGUAGUCUUCGCCAGGGUGAAUGGGUCGUGUCUGGAUCCGGGGGAGCUGAACCUGACCACAAUGUCUUCGGAGAUCCUCUCGACCACGGAGAACCGUUUCAACAGCCUGAUCUCCAAGCUGCUCCAGCAGGAGCUCAGGGAAGAGGUGGGGAACGGGACGGAGAGCCUGAGGAACGGAACUCUGCUGGACCCCGCAGAGGGACUCAGCGCUGGGAUCAAAGGGGCAGACGUCAACCAAUCACUGGUCUCAUUGUUGGUGAUGUGGUGUGUCUUCUGGAUGACAAUUGGCCAAUCGGAUGUGGAUUUCCUGUUUGGGCAUGUGACUGGGACCUGAGAGAUGGAAGAAUAUGUUUCGUAAAAUUGGGUGAUUUCUUCCCCCAUUGAGAGGAAAGCUGUUUAGAAUGAAGGACGCUACAGACAAGUCAAUCUUGUUUGAGUAUCUGACUGUCCAAUGAAGUCUUGUGGAGCGUGUGAGUUUCCUGCUGAUGAAAACUCACAUUUGUUUGUUGUUCAUCCUUUCAAAAUGAAAGGAUCAAGUAAUACAACAGGUUCAGAUCACAUGGCUACAGGCUGAACUGAGAGGGUGGCUCAUGUAAAACACUGAACUGCUUGAUAUUUGACAGCACAGAUUUGUCAUGUACUAUGCAGAAUGUCCAUGAAACCAUGGAUUAUUGCAAUGGUUUAGAUUUCAAUACCUUCCUUGUGUUACAUAACAUUCUCUAAUGAACGAUAGCAUUCAUAUGAUAUAAUAUUUAAAACACGAAUGCGUUCCCUGUAACAUUAAUAAACAUGAUUCUAAUUUAUGUAAAUGUGUAAAAGCUGACAGGUCAAGUCAUCAGCGCCUUUAUAUUCUCUCAUUCUUCUUGUUUUAAUCAUUCAACUCAGUAAAUGUAGAAUGUUCAGCUUUUCAUGCAUUAAUCUUCUUACAGCGUGCUCCUCUUUGCCUUGUAAGCCUCUGUCUAGUCUAGCACAAUGUAAUGGAGGGAGUUUAUCAUUACGUUUUGCCUCUUAUGUGGACCUGAUUUCCCUUAUGUUUAUACAGCAUGUUGUUCAGUCAAUAGGGAACAUGAUCAAACAAGACAGAAUGAACUGCAUUCUUUGGGAUGAUCGACAGUACUGUGUUGACUGUCACAUGACAAUGUAUCAAUGGACUAUCAAAGCACUCCCUUUUUGCAUUAGAUUUGUACUAUUGAUGACGCAGCAUACAUUUCAUACACAGUCUCUGUGCACAGUAAAUAUGCAAUUUUGCAUAUGGGUGUGUAUAUUAACACCUAUCUUUCUGUUUAAAUAGGUACAGCUAUCCAUGAUUUGAUAUGUAUAGAAACAUAUGUUUCCUAUGACCACAAUGUUUGCUAAAUGCUGCUUGCCAAACCAGUGAUUUAGUUAAAUGGUGUUCGUUGGCAUAAUAUAAUGAUUAAUAUUGACCUUACUCCUUCACAGAGCGAUGUCUACUAAACCCUUAACACACAACCUUACUCCUACACAUUAUUUAGGGCUUAGAUUCAAUCUGUUUCGAGGAAGAGCCUUGUUAUAGCACAAUGAAAGUGUAAAGGUCAUUAUCCGAUUGAGUCGACAUAUACAGUGCACAUUGUCUUUUAAUUUCAAUCACCCCUAUAGCGCCGAUCUUUCACGCUACGGAUCUAAUCUAGGUCUUAGAUUUACUUCCAACAGUUUGAACUCUGACUCUGAUCUGAUAAGGAUGUCCUUUUAGCCGAGUGGAAACGUCAACCCACCCGGUGAAGUCAUGGUGAAUCUGCUGUUAAUGUGAGAUGAGGUCUAUAUGGGCGACAAACUCCUGGGAUGGGCUGGACGCUGCAAGGCCAUGGUGUCAUAUUAGAUUUACUUUAUGUAUUAUUACCAUGUAUUAUAUAAUGCAUUAAUGUAUUUAUUUAAUGUAUUAAUGUUGGUGUUAUUUUUUAAACUAUAAACUGCUGAGAUUAUAUUUCUCCAUUUUUGUAUUUGGACUGAACCACUAGGGAACUGGAUGAGGAGGGUGAUGGUGUGGUCUGACCGUGAUCAUUAAAGUAGAAUGACUGAUUAUUGAGAGACGCUGCUUGUGAACCUGAAUAAACAUCAUGAUAAGUGUGAGUACACCAGAGAGUGAGUGUGUGUGUGUGUGUGUGUGUGUGUGUG